AUGGCCGACUGGGGUCCCGUGGUGGUGGCGGUGGUGCUGUUCGUGCUGCUGUCGCCGGGCCUGCUGCUGCAGCUGCCGGCCAAGGGCGGGCGCUUCGUGGAGUUCGGCAACUUCCAGACCAGCGGCGCCUCCAUCUUCGUCCACGCCAUCCUCUUCUUCGCGCUCGCCGCCAUCUUCCUCAUCGCCAUCGGGGUGCACAUCACCACAGACCCUUAG